AUGCUAUAUCACUCAGCCGUCGUCACAGUUGCUCCUCGAGCGCCGCUUCAGAUUCGUCAAGUUCCAACAGUCGCUCCAUCUGAAGGUGAAGUUCGAAUCAGGGUUGAAUGGACAGCAUCUACACCGCUAGACCUCCACCAAGCCGACGGUGGUCUGCUUGUGAAACAUCCGCAAGUUCUUGGAGAUGGUCUAGUCGGCACGGUUGUUGAAAUCGGCGAGGGGGUACAAAGAAUAAAAGCAGGCGAUAAGGUACCUACCAACUUUGCGCCGGAAGCAGCUGUUACCGUUCCAAACAAUGUUGUCACCGUAUUCCACACCAUUAACACUGAGCUCGGAAUCCAACUCCUAUGGCCCAAGCCUUCCGACUACGAGCCUCCUCACGCUGACGCACCGUUCUUGGUUUGGGGCGGAUCCUCAUCCGUCGGUUCAUACGCGCUCCAGAUCCUCAAAUACUAUGGUUACCGGAACCUCUUCACCACCGCGUCCAAACGCCACCACGAGCGUCUCAAGUCGUUCGGUGCUAGAUACACUUUUGACUACAAUGACUCGAGCGUUGCAGAAGCAAUUCGUGUCGCCGCAGCGGAGUCAUGCCAAAGAGGCGCCAGUCACUCGCCAUUAAUACCUUUCAUCAUCGACUGUAUCGGCUCGCAAAGUCACAGCCUUUCUCCGCUCUCCGAUAUCGCACAUACAGGGUCGAAAGUCGCUGUAAUGCUCCCUGUCAUCGUACGCGACGCUACUAAGGACAUCCCGCCGGAGUACAGCAUGGACGUCCAAGCCGCAGCACACUGGCGAGAUGGCGUCGAAGUAACUGGAGUGAGGACUCACUUCUACCUCGAGAAUGAAUUUUUCGCAGUGCACCUUCAGCCAGACAUUUUGCCUGCAGUCCUUUCGCAAGGCAUUGUCAAGCCGAAUGACUAUCGGAUUGUGCAGGGACCGACACUGCUCGCCAGAGCUCAAGCGGCUUUAGAAGCACUUAGACGCAAGGAAGUCAGCGGAGAGCGACUCGUUUGGCGAAUUGCCGAUGAAUGA